AUGGCGGUACUGCGAGACCACUACUUCCGCCUCGGGCUGGACCUUCCUGACGAGCAGAUCGCCGCGGCGGCCGCCCUCAUUGGCGAGCUCAAGGCAGCCGACGACGCCGCCGAGUGGGACUACGCUCAUCGCCGGCUCAUCAAAGGGCUCACCACCUCCAAACAAAGCGCCCGCUACGGGUUCCUGGUGGCGCUCACCGAGGUGUUGCUGGGUCAGCUGAUGACCACCGACGAGUUCUUGGACCAGUUGGAUGCCGCCACUGAGGUCAAACUGCUGAUGAAAGGUAAGGAGCAGCGGCUGGUGCUCUUUGGCCGGUUGUUUGGUCUUCAGGCGCUUUUGAACAGUAAGCGUCUUUACCAGGACUACAAGCAAGCUGAAGUGGACCGGUGGCUUAACACGUUGGUUAAGUUGGCUCUGGAACGGCUGUGGCUUCGGGAAACAGCGAUGUUCACCUUAGUCCAAUUCGUUAAAGCGGUGAUGACGGCUGAUGACGUCAGCGACAAAGCCAAACAGGAAUUAGCUACUGCAGUGCUCGAAUUGGUUAAAAAGCUCGGUCUUGCCAUGCUGUGUGAAGGCGUGGCCGUGUACUUGGCAAUUCCUCAAAAAAUGAUUAAAGUGGAACUGGGGUGGAAACACGGGUUCCCCUUCGCUCAGGGCAAUUUGCCUAAGCUUGCCAAGGCUCUUAAGGAUACUGAAGUGGCCGAAGAUGAUGAGGAAACUCGUCGCAAGCUGCAGAAGCUGACGUGGUCGCCACAACUUCCGUUUGUGUGGGAUAUGGUGUUGGCGCACUUUAACCAAGUGCAACUGCUGCCAUCGAAGAAAGCCAAGCACGAUACGAUUGGGUUUAAGGAGUUAUGGCAAGUGGUCGUUGAAGAGGGACUUUUCAACGAGAAACUGUCGCAUGAACGUAAAUACUGGGGAUUUGAGAUCUUGGCUAAAUUUGUUGUGGGGCUUAAUCGGGCUGAAGAUGUGGCCCACUUGUUCACACCUAACGUCAUGCAAACUAUGAUCAAUCUGUCUACCCAGAAGAAGCGUUACCUUCACAACAUUGCCGUCAAGGCGAUCGAAGCUCUACAACAGGCUGCUUCUGCUAACUGUGGUAAAGGCCCCGUCAUCCUUGAUAAGUUGCUUAAACGGGCGUGGAAUUUUGACAACCUCACCAAGACUAAGACCAUUGAUAAGCUUUUAGUAGUCAACAACAGUGGUAGUGAGUUUGAGCAACAACUGGCACUUAACGAACUUGUGGACAUUUUCAAGGCGAGACUGCAACUGGACCACGAGCCUGAAGCCAAAUGGGGGUUGGACCGAUUGGUGCAAGUGGUGAGAUCUAACCGCUCGGUGAUCGUGCUGCUUGGUGCUACUGGUGAUGCGGUGAUGGAACUGGUGUUAGGGUUCUUGGUAAGACUCUCAUUAUUUCCUCUGGAGGCGUCUGCGGGGGUCGUCAAAUACGCGCAAGACAAGCUCAACUCGGUGCUUGCCGAGGUGGUGUUCAACCCGAGAGCCGACAAACAGCUGUGGCUGUUGUGGUGUAUCAACGAGAUCGUGGCAUUGGAAAAGAAACAGCCGUUGGCCGUCGAAUUUGACGACGAGCUCAAGGCGUGCAAAAACGAUGCCUUGCAAUACUUGGGGAUCGUGCUGGAAUUACAGGAUAAGCUGCCGGCAGAAUUCAGACCGCAGCUCUACUGCUUCGAGCUCAUGUUCUCGAUGGUAUUGCUCCAACUUUACCUCUGCGAUGAGGAAGCCUUGCAAGUGUUGGGUGAGUUGAGGAUGUGUUUCGAACAAACGUUCUUGGCGGAACUCGAUAACGGCGAAUUCGAUACGCUGGUGGUGUUGACGGAGAUCUUGUUGCUGUUGUCGGUGCGCAAGAGUUCAUUGACGAGACGGUUGGUGCUGACGGUGUGGGGUCUGUUUAUGUGUACGCGUAACGAUCAGGGUGAUCUCCACGUCACUCCCAAAGCCCUCGACUUAUUGUAUGAAGUGUUGGUGACUAAGGAGAACAAGCAAGGGCAAUUGAACUUGUUUGAAGGCGAAGGCGAGUAUGGACCUGAAAAUGAGGGCGAUGAUGAUGACGACGACGAAGACGACUCGCAAAAGGAAGACGACGACAGUCUGCUGGACUCUGACUCUGACUCUGACUCUGAUGAUGAAGAUGAUGAUGAUGAUGAAGCAGAGAAGAAGGCUAACCCCUCGAAGAAGGCGGAAGACGACGAUGAUGAAGACGAUGACUCCGACACUGACUCGUCUGAUAGCAACGAUAAUGCCAAUACUAAGGAUCAGCUCGAUGAGGAAACCCGUAAAAAGCUUGCUGAAGCCCUUGGGGUAGACAAUGAGGUUAAGUUCGAAGACAUGUCUUCGGACGACGACUUGAGUGAGCUGCUGAUGGACGACGACGAGAUGAUGGAGAUGGACGGUGAGCUCUCGCGUAUCUUCAAAGAACGUCGGGAUGCGUUGGAGGCGAUUGAGUCGGGCAACAAGCAGAAGAAGGAAGCCGAGGAUGCUAAGGAGCAAAUGGUAUUCUUCAAGAACCGGGUAUUGGACCUUUUGGAAGUGUUCAACAAGGCCGAGCCCAACCACCCUUACAAUUUGACGAUGAUCCCGUCGCUUUUGGACCUUAUCCGCAUGACCACUGAUAAAAACUUGGGGGUUAAAGCUCACAAAUUGCUUAAGACAAAGGUGUCUAAGACUAAGGUGCCGGCCAAAGAAGUCCAGGAAGGUGAUGCCGACAAUUUCAUGGAGAUGCUUAAAUUGGUCCAGGAUAAAGCUCUGCAGUCUAAGUGCAGUCAGCUGUACUCCUUAGCCUGUGGUCAAGCGUGCAUUGUCCUUGCCAAAAACAUUGUGCUGAUGGAUGCCACGAAAUUGGACGAUGUCAUUGACGUCUACACCCAAUCGUUAAAGACGUGGGCUGCUCCUGGUCUGAAGUCUAAGAUCCAGCCGUCGCUUUUCUUUGACUUCAUCAAUUGGCUCCAGCUGAAACGUCAAUCCCACUAA